UUUUAUCGGACAGUUUCUGCUGAAACUCUCAGUCCCGUCUGCCUGCUGACACAGCAACAAACUCUGCCGCUCUCCGUUGAUUGAACAUUUAAUUUUGCUCGUCUCAAUCAGAUUGUCAAAAUGAAGAUCGCAGCUUUCAAUGUCAACAAAAUGGGAUGGAAAAAGGUCAACAACCACUUUGUGCGAAGAAAGCUUAUCAAGAUUGUGUCUCGGUACAGCGUGGUGGUGAUGCUGGAAGUUGUGAAUCUAAGUGGCAUGGCCAUGUUAAGGUUCCUCAGAGAACUCAACAAAAAGAAUAAACGUAAUCCAUUCAAGAUGCUGUGCAGUGAAUCUCUGGGACAAAGCUCCUACAGGGAGAAGUUUGCCUACUUCUACAGAGAGAAUGAGGUCAAGAUAUGGGACUACUACCAGUAUGAAGAUAAUGAAGACGUGCUCGCCAGAAAUCCCUUCAUUCUGUGGUUUAAGUGUCCAAAUACAGUUGUGCAGGACUUGGUGCUGAUCCCAGUCCACACCAAACCUGAGGAUACAGCGAAAGAGCUGGACGCUCUGGGUGAUGUGGUCGAAGAUGUGAGGGAAAGAUGGCCCAUUGAUAACAUUAUGAUUUUGGGGGACUUUAAUGCUGAUGGGCGUUACCUCUCCAAGAAGAAGAAGAAAAAUAUUCGCAUCUGCUCUGCUCCGUACCAUUGGUUGAUAAAAGAUGGUGUCAACACCACGACAAGUGACAAUACUGACAACACCUAUGACAGGAUUGUGGUGUUUGGCGAUUACAUGUAUAACGCUGUUGUGCCCAACUCAGAGCCUUUCAACUUCCAGGACGCCUAUGGCCUUUCUAAUGCUGAUACUCGAGCCAUCAGUGACCAUUACCCUGUGGAGGUGGAGCUGGAGGAGGAGGAUUAUUCACUGUUUUACAGUUACUAUUAAUGUUGAAUAUUUUAAGGUAGCCAUGCUGUGUGUCUAUUUUAUAUGCCUAGUUAGAUUAGGAUAAUAAUUUACAUGUUUAUUAGAAUAUUUUUAAGGUAUUUAUUGAAAGAUACGCUGAACGUUGAGGUGCAGUUCUAUAUAACAAAACACACACACCUCACAUUGUGCGAAGAAACACACCCAGGCUGGAAGGAGGAGUCUGCAUGUAAUGUCACACACAGCACACUAACCUGUGUGCACGUGUUAAUAUUGACCCGCUGUGUGAUUGUUUCAUGCAUUUACAUUUCAAUUUAUUUCUUUAGAGGUGUUCUUAUUUAUUUAGAGGUAUUGUGUUGUGUAAGAAUGCAUCAUAUACUAUAUUCUGUGUUAUUCAAUAUGUAUCAUCUAUUCAUUACAUUACAUACAUUUAGCUGACGCUUUUAUCCAAAGCGACUUACAAUCUCUAUACAUGUCAGAGGUCGCACACCUCUGGAGCAACUAGGAGUUAAGUGUCUUGCUCAGGGAGACGAUGGUGGGUGUAUCCCAGUGGGGGAUUAUUCAUCAUUUAUUCAAUUCACUAUAUCCUAUGUUACUCAUAAACUUGUAUGAGCAUGUAACACCCAUAGUUAGAUUAGACUAAACUUUGAGUUGCCACUCUGCCCUCUGUGUGAGGCCAUAACUGACAGUCUAAGAAAAAUGGCCCUCAGACCUAAGAACACAAAUUACACUAGUGGAACUAGCAGAAGGCUUACUCUGGUUUUGUCUUGCUUUGACAAUAAACUAUAUUGCAUCUGUCUC